AUGAAAGACAUCUUAGUGAUAAGAGAUCAUGAAACAGACUUGUCUUGUGUUGAGUGGCAUCCAGUUCAUCCUUCCAUGAUAACAACUGCUGCAUAUGAUGGGUCAAUGAAUCAUUAUAUUAUGGACUCAUAUAUUUCAGAUAACAAUAUCAAAAAUGAUAGCAAUAAUAAUUCCACAUCUCCAAUCGAAGCAUCACACAAAAUUCCUUAUGCUCAUGAAAAAGCUAUCCAUGCAUUAGAAUACCACCCAUUAGGCCAUCUAUUAUGUUCUGCAGGUGCUGAUAGAUCGGCACGGUUCUGGUCCAGGGCAAGGCCCAAUGACCCAAUGUCUUUCCAAGAUGCAUUAUACACAAACGAAAAAGUUGGUGCGUGGUACUAUGGUGUUAAUAACAAUAUUAAUGCUGUUAUUGAGCCAUCGACUGCAAGUGUGAAUAAGGAUGAUUCUUCAUCGGCACCCGCUAUCAAUUUACCGGGGCUUAAUAACUUACCAAAUGGUAAUGAAUCGAGUACUAAUGGAUGGGGUAAUAUUCCAGGUUUGAGAGGUCAUUAA